AAAACGCUUUCAGAUCCCCAGAGCGGUAAGUAGCAAGACGAGAAAGGACGGUGAAAAUAAAAUCACUUCCGCUCCCGCCCCUUCUUUUGCUUUUCGCACCUCCGUGGAAGAAGAUCCGCAGCUGUCUCUUGGAUCGGGGGGACCCUGAAGACGCACCUGUUUUCCCAGGCCUUCAACUGAGAUUGUAUUUUAAGAUUUUAAGGUGUUUUUAAGCGGUGGAAUGGAAUCGGUGCCACAGUCUCAGUCAUCGCUUGUUUGGCAUGGAGUUGAAGCAGCUACUAUGCAGCCUGCUCAGAGUCUAGUGUCCUUCGAGGAGGUGGCUGUGUAUUUCUCCAAACAGGAGUGGGCCCUGUUGGAUUUGGACCAGAGAGCUCUAUACCGAGAAGUCAUGCUGGAGAAUUAUGGGAAUGUGUCCUCUCUGAAUAAGGAUCCCUUUCUCCUUGAAUUGCACAAGCCUGACUUUAUCUCCUGCCUGGAAAGAGGAGGAGACCCGUUUCUCCGAGAUGCCAAGGAAGAGGAGAACUUGACAGAUAGAUGCUUAGGGCAGGAACCAGAUUGUGCGAUGGAGGAUGCGACGAAGGAGGACCAGGAUGCCAAGAAUCCCACUUGGGCGAUGGAGCAAGGGCCUGCGUGGCCAUCAACUUCGACCGGCCACUGGAGCACCCCAACAUGGCCUGCGGGCCUUGAAGGCACCCCCACACAGACGACUACUUCGACGGGCCUUCGUGGCAGUCCCACACGGCCUUGUCGACCUGGACGGAAUGUACGGCAAGGUUCCCAGCCAGCGCUGUCGCCUACAGCACACCUUAACAUUAUAAGGCGCAAGAGAUGCCGUGCAGAGAGACUGGAGGACUUGCUGUGCAUCUGGAUCAGGGACUGCCGCAACCAGGCCAAGCAGAGCAUCAGACAUCAGGAGCAGUCUGUCAGAUCCCUGCAGCAGUCGAGUGUUCUGCUGGAGCGGAUGUUGACGCUGGCCGAGGAAGAGAGCAGUCAUGUCCGCCAGGCCAUGGAUCAGUACGGGCAGGUAUUGGAGGGGCUCCUGGCUGGCUUCUCGCAGCUCCAGGAGAACCUUCUGGCAGCCACAGCAGGCAGCGUGCAUGCCAAUGGGCACGUGUAGUCCCCUGCUAUAACCCUGGCCCAAGUAUUGUGUGCUAUGACUUUUCUAAUGCCAACUCAACCAGCAGCACGCCUGUCCGGGAACGUCCACAAAAUGACUGCCUGCAGCUGCAGGGGUUCCUCUACCUGUGGGAAAGCAGUUCCCCCUUGGUGGUGCCGCUGACUGUCCUUGCCACGGACACAGAGCAGCUGUGAUCCUCCAGUCAGUGGCAAAUUCGCAGGAAGCUCCCCUACUCCUCGUAGCCAAGGGAUUGUUCAGUCUAUUUUACAAGAAAGCUGACUUGUUCCUUGUCGCUGUUAUCUUUUUCCAUUGAUGUCGUUCCCCAGCAUAGUUGAGUGAAUAAAGUUUAACACAAAGCAGUGAA